CUCAAAGAUUCAGUUGCGGUAUAAUUAAGUUAGCCAUAACCGCAUCCGAUAACAACUGAUCCAACGUUCCAGUUUAUAUCCAAAAUAAAUGAAACUGCAAAUAAUAUGCGCAUAAACAACCAAUGUUUUAGUUAAAAUUUGCAUAAUUGCAAUGCAUAGUGUCAAUAAGGAAAGUGUUAUUUAUUAUUCUAGAUUGUGUGAAGUUUAAGACAAAAACAAAUACAUUCAAAAUGAUGGCAUCAUUGACAAACGAUAGCAUCAAUAGCAUUCAUAAUGAAACAUUAUUCAUGAAUAUCACAUUCGAAUCGACAUCCGAUGCGACUAUAUCACAAAUUCUUGAUUUCGACGAUUGCGCCCAUUAUAAUUGUUCAACAACUGGCUAUACGGAAUAUAUUCUUGGACCACAGACCUUGCCACUCUAUAAGGCAAUAUUGAUAAGCAUCAUAUUCGGUGGGAUUUUCAUAACCGGAGUCAUAGGUAAUUUGCUUGUGUGCAUAGUAAUAAUUCGACAUUCGACAAUGCACACGGCAACAAAUUACUAUCUCUUCAGUCUGGCUGUUUCUGAUUUACUCUACCUGCUAUUCGGUCUACCAGCCGAAGUUUUCUUAUAUUGGCAUCAGUAUCCAUAUCUUUUUGGUCUACCAUUUUGCAAGAUACGAGCAUUUAUAUCCGAGGCAUGUACAUAUGUAUCCGUGUUGACGAUAGUGGCAUUCUCUAUGGAACGAUUUUUGGCUAUUUGCCAUCCUCUACACCUAUACACAAUGGUUGGCUUUAAGAGAGCCUUACGGAUUAUAACGAUGCUAUGGAUUGCAAGUUUUCUGAGUGCCAUACCAUUUGGCAUAUACUCCAAUAUGCAAUAUUUAUAUUAUCCACCAGAUAACACUUCCAUAAUGGAAUCCGCAUUUUGCUCAAUGUCACCAGAGAUAACCAAGGAAAUCCCAUUAUUCGAAGCGUCGUUCUGUAUAUUCUUUGUCAUUCCAAUGUUUCUAAUCAUUUUGCUAUACGGACGGAUGGGAUUUAAGAUUCGUUCAAGAACCACACAAAAAUUGGGGGUUCAGCAUGGUUCCCUCCAUCGCGAAUCACGAAAUUCUCAGAUGAAAAAGAAAGCUGUUAUACGAAUGUUGGCCGCUGUGGUUAUUACAUUUUUCGUUUGCUGGUUUCCAUUUCAUAUGCAAAGGCUAUGGAUACUUUAUGCCACGAAUAAUGCAAAUUUCCAGGAUAUCAAUGAAUGGCUUUUUUCUAUUGCAGGAUUUGCUUACUAUGUUUCAUGCACUAUAAAUCCAAUUGUAUACAGUGUAAUGUCACAUCGAUAUCGUGUUGCAUUCAAAGAAAUCCUUUGUGGAAGACGUAUGGGUGCAUAUUAUAAUAAUGGAUUCUUGCGAGAUCAUUCAAGUUUUCGGGAAACGACAAUUGCCACUAGCUUGGGUGCCCAUAUUAAUUAUGAUCGAGUGCAUUCAGUUCAUAUUCGAUCAAGCCGUCAAUUGAACAAUAGUAAGGAAACUGAAUCUAUUACUUCAAAUAAAGUGUCCAUUAAAAAUACUUAUAGUCUUCCCUCAAGAAAGAAUACGGAUUCACCAGUUGUCAGCACCACUGACAUUGUCAUUGUCCUGGAAAAUAAUUCAAAUGAUCAUCGUAAUGCAGAGAACAAAGUUAAAGAAGAUUUUUGGAUUAAGAACGAUGAAACCUGCAUAUAAGUCUUUGUAUUAAGUCUAACUAGUUGAUCAAUGUAAUUGAUUGAUAUAAAUAUAUCACUAUAAUGCACUAACUUUUCGGAUCUCUUUCCCAAAAAAAAUGGAGCAAAAAUGGUGUCGAAAUUAUGUAUAUGUAUAUAGA